GUCCGCGCUCGCGCCGCCACCAUGACCCACGCGCUGGUGCCUACGGCCCCCCAGCCGCUGGAGAAGGAGAACGACGACUACUUUCGAAAGGGCUGUAAUCCCCUUGCACAAACUGGUCGAAGCAAACUGCAGAAUCAAAGGGCGGCUUUGAAUCAGCAGAUCCUGAAGGCUGUACGGAUGCGGACAGGAGCGGAAAACCUUCUGAAAGUAGCCACGAACCAGAAGGUGCGAGAGCAGGUACGCCUGGAGCUGAGCUUCGUCAACUCGGACCUGCAGAUGCUCAAGGAGGAGCUGGAGGGGCUCAACAUCUCCGUGGGAGUGUAUCAGAGCACAGAGGAGGCGUUUAUGAUCCCUCUGAUUCCUCUUGGCCUGAAGGAAACCAAAGACGUUGACUUUUCCGUCGUCCUCAAGGAUUUUAUCCUGGAACAUUACAGUGAAGAUGGCUAUUUAUAUGAAGAUGAAAUUGCAGAUCUUAUGGAUCUGAGACAGGCUUGCAGGACACCCAGCCGGGAUGCAGCAGGUGUUGAACUGCUGAUGUCAUACUUCAUCCAGCUGGGAUUUGUGGAGAGUAGAUUCUUCCCGCAUACUCGCCAGAUGGGGCUCUUGUUUACCUGGUAUGACUCCCUCACCGGCGUCCCGGUCAGCCAGCAGAACUUGCUGCUGGAGAAGGCCAGCAUUCUGUUUAACAUCGGAGCCCUCUACACCCAGAUUGGGACCCGGAGCAAUCGGCAGACCCAAGCUGGACUGGAGAACGCCGUGGACGCCUUCCAGAGAGCUGCAGGUGUUUUAAGCUACCUGAAAGAAACAUUCACGCAUACUCCCAGUUAUGACAUGAGCCCCGCCAUGCUCAGUGUGCUGGUCAAAAUGAUGCUUGCACAAGCCCAAGAAAGUAUGUUUGAGAAAAUCAGCCUUCCCGGGAUCCGGAACGAAUUCUUCAUGCUGGUUAAGGUGGCUCAGGAGGCUGCCAAGGUGGGAGAGGUCUACCAGCAGCUGCAUACAGCCAUGAGCCAGGCRCCAGUGAAAGAGAACAUUCCCUACUCCUGGGCCAGCUUGGCCUGUGUGAAGGCCCACCACUACAGGGCCCUGGCCCACUACUUUGUCGCCACCCUCCUUAUYGACCACCAGUUGAAGCCGGGCGCAGAUGAGGACCACCAGGAGAAGUGCCUGUCCCAGCUCUAUAACCACAUGCCGGAGGGCUUGACACCCUUGGCCACACUGAAAAAUGAUCAUCAGCGCCGACAGCUGGGAAAAUGCCAUCUGCGCAGAGCUGUCACUCACCACACGGAGUCUGUGAGGGAGGCCAGUCUGUGCAAGAAGCUCCGUGACAUCCAGGUACUUCAGGAGGUGCUGUCUGCUGCACAUCAGCGCUCUCGGCUCAAGUACAGUCAGUACCAAGAGGAUGAUGAUCUUCUGAACUUGAUCGAUGCUCCUGAUAUUGUUUCUAAAACUGAGCAAGAGGUUGAAAUCAUAUUGCCCCAGUUCUCCAAGGUGACAACCAGAGACUUCUUCCAGAAGCUGGGCCCCCUGUCUGUGUUUUCUGCUAACAAGAGGUGGACACCUCCCCGAAGCAUUCGCUUUACAACGGAAAAAGGGGAAGUGGGGUUCACCUUGCGAGGAAAUGCUCCAGUUCAGGUCUACUUCCUGGAUCCUUCCUGCUCUGCUGCGCUGGCAGGAGCCAGGGAAGGAGAUUAUAUUGUUUCCAUUCAAGGCGUUGAUUGCAAGUGGCUGACGGUGAGCGAGGUUAUAAAACUGCUGAAAAGCUUUGGUGAGGAGGAGAUUGAGAUGAAGGUGGUGAGCCUCCUGGACUCUGCAUCCUCCAUGCAUAAUAAGAGUGCCACGUACUCUGUGGGAAUGCAGAAAACUUACUCCAUGAUCUGCUUAGCCAUAGACGAUGAUGAUAAAAGUGAUAAAACCAAGAAAGUCUCGAAAAAGCUUUCCUUUUUGAGUUGGGGCACCAAUAAGAAYAGACAGAAGUCGGCCAGCACCAUGUGCCUCCCUGCAGUUGGGGUGGCAAGACCUCACAUCAAGAAGAAGAUCCCCACUCCUUUCAGCCUGCUCAACACUGAUAGCUCUUUAUACUAAUGGGAGGAAACAGAAAUGUUCAGGCCCCAAAUGYUUCUAGGGCUAACUAGGCCUUAAAAUUUGUGCCAUAUGGAAAAUAUCCAGAUAUUGUCAAAUCCCAUUUUGUCACAGYGUAAACUUGUAUUUGACAUGCUUUUAAGAAAGUAACAAGAAACCUCUAGMAAUUUGUGGAAAAUAUGCUUAUUUGAGGAAUGUCACUAUAUUGCUGCAAGAUAUUUAUUCUAUAAAAUAUUGUAAAUAGAAUAGUAUGGAUAUUAUGGCUGUUUUCAGUGGUUACAGUUAUAAAUUUCAGGCGCUGAGUUAAA